CGCUGGGGCGUGGUGAGAGCCUGUAGAAGGAAUGAACUGCAUGAUGCAGCCAGAUGCCCCAACUCCGUCACAAGUGGCGGAUGUCUCUGACGUGUCAGCUUCCAGAACUGCUGGGUAUGCGGCUCACCCACUUCCAUUGGCCCCUGGCAUCAGACAGGACCACACUCAAUCCUUUCUCAGCUUUCGAAAGUCACACCUGGAGAAGCGCAAAAAUGACAUGCCAUCAAGACUGGAUUGGCUACUGUCAAUUAUUGGUGGCGGAGAUGCAGAGCAGUUGUUGUACUUCGUGGAGGCGAACAAGCAGCUCUGCGAAACUACACAACCUGGCGAGACUUGUGCCCACUGCAGUGCCAGAGUGACAAACAACAGCAGAUCCAGAGCUGACGACUAUCAACCUGCUAAUCGCUGCACAAUUUGCCAAAGGUGGCAUUGCGAGAAGCAUUGCAAUUUCGUGGUGACCCUGAGUUUUGCAACUCGAGUUGUGAAGCUCCCGUGCUGCGAGAAGUGCUACCGGACUGUGGCCUCUCUGUUGAAGAGUGUCAAACACAUGGGACGACGAUGGUGUCUUCGCCGGAAAGGGAAUUUGUACAUACGUCUGGCGUGUGCUAUUGAUUUUGGAAAUCCUAGAUGUUGCCAAGGAUGUCCUGCGAUGGCACCAGGACCGAAGUAACAUGUUGUCCAGUCAGAGACGCUGCACGUUUUUUACUAGUUUUUCCGACACUUUCCCUAGGAUCAGCUCCCAGAUUGUCUUUCAGAGACGUC